GCAGCACCAACGUACUGGAUCAGAGGACGAUCAGUGGCUCAGUUCCUGGAAACUGAAGGCUUGUUGAGCUGCAGUGAAGACCAGACUCUGUCUCUGUACAGUAAAAUAAUCAGACCGUAAAGAGGUUGAGCUGCUAAAGAUGCGACGCACAUGCGUGCUUCAGGGCUCGCACUGCGCCUGCGCAAAGAGAGGAGUCCUUGGCUGGUCGGCCUGCUGUAGGUUACCGAACCUGUGACUGGACACAGACAAAAUGCAGAGCUGGACCCAGUUGUACCGCUCUCUGGCCACGCGGAGCCACCACCUUCCCUGCAAACUGCACGGAGCCGCAGCUGUGUCUGUCCGAACCUACUCCGACAAAGCAGCAAUCGAUGCAGACGUCACGGUGGUUGGUUCCGGUCCAGGCGGCUACGUCGCUGCCAUCAAAGCUGCACAGCUCGGUUUCAAGACCGUAUGUGUUGAGAAAAAUCCUACACUGGGUGGAACCUGUCUGAAUGUCGGCUGCAUCCCUUCGAAGGCUUUACUGAACAACUCCUACCUGUACCACCUGGCUCAUGGCAAAGAUUUCGAAAGCAGAGGAAUUGAAAUUUCAGGCAUCUCUUUAAACCUGGAGAAGAUGAUGGCUCAGAAGAGUGGGGCAGUCAAAGCACUGACUGGAGGAAUAGCACAUCUUUUCAAACAAAACAAAGUGACCCAUGUCAGUGGUUUUGGGAGAGUGACUGGGAAGAACCAGGUGACCGCCACAGCAGCAGACGGCAGCGAGCAGGUGAUCAACACCAAGAACAUCCUCAUUGCCACCGGCUCUGAGGUCACGCCUUUCCCCGGGAUUCAGAUUGAUGAGGAGACGGUUGUUUCAUCGACAGGAGCUUUGUCUCUAAAGAAAGUUCCAGAGGAGCUGAUCGUUAUUGGCGCUGGAGUCAUUGGAGUAGAGCUGGGGUCAGUGUGGCAGCGGCUUGGGUCUAAUGUGACAGCGGUAGAGUUCUUGGGACACGUUGGUGGCAUGGGCAUUGACAUGGAGGUCUCCAAGAACUUCCAGCGCAUCCUGCAGAAGCAGGGCCUGAAGUUCAAGCUCGGCACUAAAGUGUUGGGAGCCGUAAAGAGGCCCGACGGCAAGAUUGAUGUGGCUGUCGAGGCAGCAGCUGGAGGGAAAAAUGAGACCCUGACCUGUGACGUCCUGCUGGUCUGCAUCGGCAGACGACCUUUCACAGAGAACCUGGGUUUGAAUUCUGUGGGCAUCGAGCUGGACAACAGGGGCCGCAUACCUGUCAACAAUCGCUUCCAGACCAAAGUACCCAGUAUUUAUGCCAUCGGUGAUGUUGUCGCAGGGCCUAUGUUGGCCCACAAGGCCGAGGACGAGGGCAUCAUCUGCGUGGAGGGCAUGGCUGGUGGUGCUGUGCACAUAGACUACAACUGUGUUCCCUCCGUGAUCUACACGCACCCCGAGGUGGCCUGGGUGGGCAAGACAGAGGAGCAGCUCAAAGACGAGAACGUCCCGUACAAAGUUGGCAAAUUCCCUUUCGCAGCCAACAGUCGAGCCAAAACCAACGCUGACACAGACGGCAUGGUGAAGAUCCUUAGCCACAAGGACACAGACAGGAUGCUGGGAGCACACAUCCUCGGAUCUGGAGCAGGAGAGAUGAUUAACGAAGCUGCGUUAGCCAUGGAGUACGGCGCCUCCUGUGAGGACGUCGCCAGAGUCUGUCACGCUCAUCCUACGGUGUCGGAGGCCUUCAGAGAAGCAAACCUGGCCGCCUCCUUUGGCAAAGCCAUCAACUUCUGAUGUGUCAGCUGCUGUCGCACCUUCAUGUACAUAAGAGGAGAAACCGAAAACGUGUCUGCGUCCAACCUUCAGCCAACCUGGAUCCUCUGUACAUCCAAACUGUACCACAUUUAGUACUAAUGUUAUUUAAAUGUUCUCAGUAAAACAAUAAAAGGGGUUUGGGCAGUAAAUAAACACUGACUGCAGAUCAGUCUUUUUGUUUCCCAAACACAGUCUAAAAAAUCCCAAAUGAGCAAGUGAAGCACUUAUUUACAGCACAGAGAUUUAUUUUGGCGGGCUGUCUGGUUCCUCUUGCAGCAAUGAGGAUUUGUCCAUUAAGACAAAACUAAGGAAGAGCACUGCAUCAGAUUCACGAGUGAUGGGGAGAUGAGAGCUCAGCAUUUGUCCUAGAUAUUAAGCCUAUUGUUUUUUAAAGAUUGAAUUAUUCCAAGGGGCUUCAAACUUAAUCAAAUCACAAUUAUCACUGACCACAAAGAACCAUCACGUCAUGUGAUGGUUUGAGCUUUGACGUUUAUAAAAAUGCAGCUAGUUUGACUGAAAGUGCAACAUGUUUGCUUCUGAUGAAAUAAAUGGGAGUUUGCUGCUCUGAAGAAGUCA